UCUUGUAACAUGAGGAGACAGUUUAAUCUUAAUGCGAUGCAUAAGCCGGGUGAUGUGGUUCUUGGUGGGCUUUUUACAGUCCACUACACCUCAGUCUUCCCUGAGCUGACUUUCACCUCAGAGCCAAAGCAGCCCAGCUGUCAAGGUUUUGACCCUUUAGGGUUCAGGCAUGCCAUGACCAUGGCCUUUGCUAUUGAUGAGAUCAACAAGAACUCCAACCUGCUUCCUAAUGUGACUCUGGGAUACAGUAUGUAUGACAACUGUGCUACACUUGUAAUUGGAUUCAGUGCUGCCUUGUCUUUGGCCAGCAGUAGAGAAGAACAGUUUGUGCUUCAAGAAAACUGUUCAGGGACCCCUCCAGUCCUGGGGAUUGUGGGGGAUUCUGUAUCAACAUUUUGUAUUGCCACUUCUGACGUGUUAGGAUUAUUCAAACUGCCCAUUGUGAGUUAUUAUGCCACAUGUUCCUGCCUGAGCGAUCGGAGACGCUUUCCAUCCUUUUUUAGAACAAUUCCGAGUGACGCCUUCCAGGUGCGUGCCAUGAUUCAGAUUCUCAAACGCUUUGGCUGGACCUGGGCAGGUCUGCUCGUCAGUGAUGAUGACUAUGGACUCCAUGUUGCUCGAUCCUUUCCAUCAGACUUGGCUGAGUCUGGAGGAGGUUGUCUGGCCUACUCAGAGAUUUUGCCGUGGGGCGGCAACCCAACUGAAGUGAAGAGGAUUGUGGGAGUGAUGAAGAAAUCGACAGCUGGAGUGGUCAUUGUGUUUGCACAUCUGAUCCACAUGAUUCAACUAAUGGAUGAGGUGGUAGAGCAAAAUGUGACAGGCCUGCAGUGGAUGGCCAGUGAAGCCUGGACAUUAGCUGAAAUGCUCCAGACACCUCGUCUCAUGCCGUACCUUGGAGGCACACUGGGCAUUGCCAUCCGCAGAGGAGAAAUACCAGGGCUCAGGGAAUUCCUUCAACACACACUUCCUGAAUUACAUGACAACAGAAGUGAUGACAAUAGCAUGGCGAGGCAGUUUUGGGAAUACACGUUUGGGUGUAAAUUUACUUCACCUCCAGGUUGGCUGGAAGCUGGUGGAGAGGUAUGCACUGGAGAAGAGGACCUAGAAAAUGUUGAGACUGAGUUUUUGGAUGUUUCUAACCUGAGGCCUGAGUACAAUAUUUAUAAGGCUGUAUAUGCUCUUGCUUAUGCCCUCGAUGACAGGCUGCACUGUGUGCCUGGGAGAGGGCCUUUCAGAGGGCACAGCUGUGCUGCUCUGCAGAAACUGGAGCCAUGGCAGCUUGUUCAUUAUUUGCAACAAGUCAACUUCACCACACCGUUUGGUGAUGAAGUCUCAUUUGAUGAGAAUGGAAAUGCAUUACCAAUCUAUGACGUCGUGAACUGGAAGUGGCUUCCUGAUGGGACAACAAGGCUGCAGAGUGUGGGUGUUGUUAAAAAGUCCUUCAAAGGAGAAGAACUCACUCUUCAUGAGGACAAGAUCUUCUGGAACUUUGACUCCAAAAAACCACCCCAGUCAGUGUGCAGUGAGAGCUGUCCCCCAGGUACUCGAAUGGCCAGAAAAAAGGGGCAGCCUGUUUGCUGUUUUGACUGUGUUGCUUGUUCUGAGGGAAAGUUCAGCAAUGAAACAAACUCGAUGGAGUGCACCAGCUGUCCUGAGGACUUCUGGUCAAGCCCAAAACGUGACCACUGUGUACCUAAGAAAACAGAGUUCCUCUCUUACCACGAGCCUUUGGGUAUCUGCUUGACAGCUGCUGCAUUACUAGGCACACUUAUCUGUGCUGUUGUCCUUGGGAUCUUCAUCUGUCAUCACAGCACACCCAUGGUACGAGCCAACAAUACUGAACUGAGCUUCCUGCUCUUGGUGGCACUCACACUUUGCUUCCUGUGCUCGCUGCUGUUCAUUGGCCGCCCCAGACUAUGGACAUGCCAGUUGAGACAUGCAGCAUUUGGGAUCAGCUUUGUUCUUUGUGUCUCAUGUAUCCUGGUUAAAACCAUGGUUGUUAUAGCUGUGUUCAAGGCCUCCAAACCAGGAGGUGGAGCAGCCCUGAAGUGGUUUGGUGCUCUGCAACAAAGAGGAACAGUUGUUGCUCUCACGUUAAUCCAAGCCGCAAUCUGUACCGUCUGGAUUGUCUCCUCCUCACCAGCUCCUUAUAAAAACACUCAAUACUACAAUGACAAGAUAGUUUAUGAGUGUGUUGUCGGAUCCACAAUAGGUUUUGCAGUUUUACUCGGCUAUAUUUGCCUACUAGCUACCCUUAGCUUCCUGUUAGCAUUUAUGGAAAGGAAUCUUCCUGACAACUUCAAUGAAGCCAAAUUCAUCACUUUCAGUAUGCUGAUCUUCUGUGCUGUGUGGGUGGCCUUUGUCCCUGCCUAUGUCAACUCUCCAGGCAAAUAUGCAGAUGCAGUGGAGAUAUUUGCCAUCCUUGCCUCUAGUUUUGGUCUCCUGGUGGCACUGUUUGGACCCAAAUGUUACAUAAUCCUGCUGAGACCAGAGAGGAACACAAAAAAAGCAAUCAUGGGUCGAACCGCCCCCAAGUGAUCAGAGUCUCAACUGGUCUGAACCAAUCCAUAAUUUACAGCUCAGUAGAAAUCUCCCAGAGCAUCAUUUUGCUGCUUAUAACUGUCAUCAUAGCAGAAAUGUGCAUACACAUUAAGUGCCCCUGUCUCUACC